AGUGGGAGGAAUAGUGCCCCAUCAUUGGUGUCAGUGGGAGGAAUAGUGCCCCAUCAUUGGUGUCAUUGUGGGAGGAAUAGUGCCCCAUCAUUGGUGUCAGUGGGAGGAAUAGUGCCCCAUCAUUGGUGUCAGUGGGAGGAAUAGUGCCCCAUCAUUGGUGUCAGUGGGAGGAAUAGUGCCCCAUCAUUGGUGUCAGUGGGAGGAAUAGUGCCCCAUCAUUGGUGUCAGUGGGAGGAAUAGUGCCCCAUCAUUGGUGUCAGUGGGAGGAAUAGUGCCCCAUCAU